AACUGUCUGACGUGCCUUUUAAUCAGUCACAUAUCAGCCUCGGAGUCCCCCGGACCUCUGCCCCCGGCCAUUGUUCCACGUACCCACAGCUGAUGGUCCCAGACUGCCUGUCUGCCCCACGUAUGAAUUCCAGAAGAAGACCUCUGAACGCAGGACGACAUCUGCUAGAGCUUCUGUAGACCACCUCCAGCAGACACCUCACCAGCCUGGCCCCUGGGGUCUGCUGCCCACCGCUUCCCAAGAAGAACCUGGAAGACAAUCAAAAUACCCUCUGCAAGGAGACAUCGGGGUCAGUCUCCCACUACGAGGACGGGACGGGAACGACCCUCAAGAGACCCUGAACUCAACUCAAAAACAAAUUUGGAGACCCUGGCAGCGGUGGGGUCCCGGGAAGCGGGUAUUUGUCACUGGAUACUGGGAACACCUGGAUAGUGCAAGCCCUUGACUUGGGGCCCCUGUGGCCCUUGGGUUGUAGGAGUAUUCCUUCCAUUUGUGUCCUUGGUAAUGGCCAAGUGGUUUAAGGAUCUCCCUCAGUCACUGAAGAAUGUCUCGGACAGGGCCAAACCUGGUAUUCCAGGAGCCAGGACCCUCCCUAAAGUUGGGGCGUCGCGAAAGAAUUCCGGCACGGAUUCGGCCGGAUCCCAAAGUUCCUCUGUGAAAAACCGUAAAAACUCUUCAUCCGAUGGACAGGGCAAGGGGGCGAAGGAGGGCAGCCGGCUGUCUAGGGAGGGAAUUCAGAGUUUUUUACAGGGCAGGAGCCGAAAAAACUCAAGGGACGAGGUGGGAAUCCUCCGGGCCCCUAAGGGACACAGUACGUACAUCAACCGCCUCAUCAAGGUGGACCCUAGCCUCCAGGAGAAGAAUGGAAGUAAUUUCCAAGAUGCAGAGGAACCCGGGCAAGACCAAGAGAAAGGCAUCAAGGAGGAGACGAUCAUUAUUUUAGAGGAUUACGCCGAUCCCUACGACGCAAAGCGUACGAAAGGUCAGCGCGAUGCCGAGAGGGUUGGUGAAAAUGACGGGUACAUGGAACCAUACGACGCCCAGCAGAUGAUAACCGAGAUCCGGCGGCAGGGAUCCCGGGAUCAGCUGAUCACUGAGCUCCUCCUGAUGGAGCUUGGCUCCCAGAACGAGGUGAAGCCGGAGGUGAAGGGGCAGGGCUCGCAGGAGCUGCUGGCGAAACCCCCCCAGCUGUACGACACGCCGUAUGAGCCCCCCGAAUCCGAGCUCAGUGCCGCGGAGGAGCAGAAGCAGCGGCCUGCGGACGGGACGCGGCCAGAGAAUGACGAGCGCCCAGCGGAGGAGUAUGAGCAACCGUGGGAGUGGAAGAAGGAGCAUAUUGUAAGAGCGCUCUCCGUCCAGUUUGAAGCAGAGCGGAGCCCCGUGAAGGAAGAGUCCGGGCGGCUGCACCAGCGCCAGAAGAGCUGGACCGCCAAAGUUCUGAAGCAAUCUCAGCCAGAUCCGAGCGAGAAGGUGGAUCCGACGCUGCCCCUGGAGAAGCAGAGCUGGUAUCACGGCGCAGUAACGCGGGCAGAGGCAGAGAGUCGGCUGCAGUCGUGCCGCGAGGCGAGCUACCUCCUGCGCAACAGCGAAUCCGGGAACAGCAAAUAUUCCAUUGCCCUGAAGACCAGCCAAGGAUGCGUCCAUAUCAUUGUGGCCCAAACCAAAGACAACAAGUUCACCCUGAACCAGACGAGCGGCGUCUUCUGCAGCAUCCCCGAGGUGAUCCACUACUACUCCAGCCAGAAGCUGCCCUUCAAGGGGGCCGAGCACAUGAGCCUGCUGUACCCAGUGCCCAGAGCCCAGUGAGCCGCCGCUCUCCUCCUGCCAUCUGCACGCCCCCCUCCAGCACAAUACGCUUUGUUGUAUAUCUCCCCCCACAAGAGACGAGAAGUACGUUCCAGAAGGACCAGAGGAGGUGACCGCCGGUGAGAAAUGGAAAGAAUAGGACGUGCCUUACUGACUGAGACAUUGAAACGAGGGCUGCAUGAAUCCUAAGAAAGUGCAGAAAACUGAAAAGAAACUCAAGUCUUAUUGUAGUUCACAAGAGCCACCAGCAGAUGGCGCUGCUCUUCACAGAGUCCGCAGUCACCAGCAGAUGGCGCUGCUCUUCACAGAGUCCGCAGUCACCAGCAGAUGGCG